AAGAGCACAGACCUGCCCUGGCACAGCAAUACCCGUAGACCGGUUGCCCCGUGACUCUCUGGCUCAAAUGAACUCAGUUUCUGCCUCAAAUCUCUAACCCUAUUCUUCAAUUUCCCUACCUGUAAAAUAAGGAUAGUGCUUAGGGUCCCAAUUUUGUAGGGGCAGUUCUGAUUUUUUUUUCUUCUAUAGGUGCCUACUUUACCUUCCCUCUUUCUCCUACCUCCCCCUCCCCAUUCUUUGUCACAAUUUUUCACAUUUUCUGUCUAGUCACCCUCCUAGCACUCCCCAACCCUCAGGAGCAUGAGGAGACUUCAUGCUUAUAAAGUUCUUUAAGACUCUCAAGUGGAAAGCCUUGAAUAAGUAACAUGAACGAUUAUUUUUAAGCUUUUCCAGUUUUCAUCAGCUUUUCCACCAGAGGUGCUCCUGAGCAACUUACCUAUGCUAGUUUCAGCCUUGACUGCAAAUGUAAAAGCAAUAGUGUCUGCUUUAUAAAGAACAAGAGAUUUAGUGGCAAUGCAUGCCAUCUCAUCCAAUGAGACAACUAGUGCAUAAGUAAAAAGCGAUCAGAAGCAGCAACAGGAGAAAUGGAGAUGCAGUCGUAUUACACCAAGCUCUUGGGAGAGCUCAAUGAACAGCGGAAGAGGGACUUCUUUUGUGACUGCAGCAUUAUUGUGGAAGGCAGGAUCUUCAAAGCUCACAAGAACAUUCUGUUUGCCAAUAGUGGCUACUUCAGAGCCUUAUUGAUUCAUUACAUUCAAGACAGUGGGCGACACAGCACUGCUUCUUUGGACAUUGUGACUUCAGAGGCUUUCUCCAUCAUCCUAGAUUUCCUUUAUUCAGGGAAGCUGGAUCUUUGUGGGGAAAAUGUUAUUGAAGUCAUGUCCGCAGCUAGCUACUUGCAGAUGACUGAUGUGGUCAAUUUUUGCAAAACAUACAUCAGGUCAUCGCUAGAUAUUUGCAGAAAAAUUGAGCGAGAAGCUGCCUUCUAUCAGGCUGAUAGCGGAAGCUCUAGUUCUGCCAGAGAGGGCACUUCUUAUGGUACGAAGAGCCACUGCUCUGCCUCUGUCUCUUCUCUGCAAGAAAAGGAAAGGAUUUCAGAUUGUCAGCGAGAUCCUCCCUGUGGUGAAUGCAGCAGCUGCCACCCUAUAGAAUUGGUGGUGAGAGACCCUGUAAGCAGUGACUCUCCAGAUGACCUCAAUUCUUCUCUGCCCAAAGGUGUAAUAGAACCCAAAGUAGAAUUUGACUCUGAUGAAGUGGAAGUAGAAGUGGGUGAACGACUACAGCAAUAUCCAACUCCGUUAACCCUUGAGCAGAUGGAAGAAGGACUGCACAGCGGCCAAGCCAUGGACUUGGCCUGCAAUAACUAUCAUAUGAAGCAGUUCCUGGAGGCCCUGCUACGCAACAGUGCCGCUCAAAGAAAAGACGAUGUGGUUCAUCACUUUGUUCGGGGCUUUGAGGGUAGGCCGGAAGAUGCAGGGGUGGCCAUGAGUUCUAUGAUGGACAUUCCCAGCGACUGGUAUGGUGAGGAUACAGGUGAGAGGAGUAGCGACUGUGAUGUGUUAGUAAAACGGCACAUUCGCUCUCAUACAGGCGAGAGACCCUACCCUUGUGAGACAUGUGGCAAACGCUUCACCCGGCAGGAGCACCUUCGGAGUCAUGCUCUGAGUGUGCACCGAUCAAACAAGCCAAUUAUCUGCAAGGGUUGCAGAAGAACGUUCACAAGUAGCCUAUCACAGGGAUUAAGACGCUUUGGCUUGUGCGACAGCUGCACUUGUGUAACAACUACUCACGAGGAUUCAAUGCCCAUUAACCUCAGUCUGAUGGAACCGUCAUCAGAAGGUCAAGAAAAGGGUGAUACAGACAAUGAUUGGCCUAUAUACGUGGAAUCUGGUGAAGAAAAUGAUCCAGCCGAUGACGAUGAUACCGAUGAUAAGCAGGAGAUCCACAGAAGCUUAUCAGACCGAGAGGCACUUAUGUAGCAACAAAAGGAGGGUGGGUGGAUUUAAAGUGUCUCCCCUGUGAUUGGUCAUUCUACAGCAGAAAACUUCAUAUUUAACCAGUUUUGUGGAACUGUGUAUUUUUAUUACUAAACUCCCAUUUUGAUAGAACAGGUGAGAAGAACUGGAUUUUGGAAUGUUCACUUUUUUUUGUAACUGUUUAGUGCUGUGCACUAGAAUUCUGAGGGAAUUUCUUGUCCUGGGUGAGCAGAGACUGUCUCCUGUUGUGCUUCUGUACCCUGGCUAUGUGGGAAGGAUAACACUCUUUGCAGGUGAAGAAUCCCCGUAACGAUUUGGUACUGAGUUUCCUCCCGCAAGGCUGCCAUGGUCCAUCAAACCUGGUCUGAAGGGGGCACCAUCAUCUUUCUAGAAAGAGAUGUGGAGAAAAUAAAUGUAGUUUUCAUCCUUAAUCUUGGACUUCUCUAAACUAUUUUGCAGUCUCAUCCCUGUUAAUGCUAGGAAAGUCUUAUCUGAAACUGUAAAUCCUAACUGUUUGUUUAAUCGUAAAGAUUUAGAAUAGGAUUUGACCUGAAAGCCCGAGUAAACUACCUGAAUAACAAAUAUGUUAGAGGGAAGUAUAUUCAGUAGAGAAUCUUCAAACACAUGCUUAUUCAUAUGUGUACUUAAAGAGCAAGCUUUAUUUUGGGGGCAGUUUUCAUUGCAUUUCCAUUCCUGGAGAACAACCGAGCUUGGGCUAUGACUGUCUAUCUUUAUUGCCCAUUAGACAGUAGUCCAGGCCUGAGAUCUACACAGAACACUUGUUAUGUGAUCUAGUAAAAUAGUGUGUCCAGAGUGCACCAGUUUUUGAAGCAAGACUAAGUGCAUUGCCCACCUCUUUAACCAUUUAAAGUAGAAGUUAUAGCCUAGCAGUCUAGAAAAGUGAUUUCUGUGGGAAUUCCAUUGAUAGUAGACUAAACAGCCAGAUUUACUGCUGAUCUAGCUGAAGUACAAUUCCAAAGAGAAAUCUGGGCUACGUAUAUAAAACCACCUUAGCAAACUAUUUUUGAAGUCAAGUGAGAAGCCUUGUAAAAUUAGAGACUCACUGGAUGCAAACCUUCUCUUUUCCUAAUGUGAUUUUUUUUUUAUCUUAUGUAGUCAAAUAUAGUCCUUGGUGAUUCCUGUGAUGGUUUGUACCCUUUCAUUGUCUUAUGAAUUCAUCCAGGUACUGCCUCUUGUUUAAAAUUCUAGCUUGGACCCUGCAUUUUCCUUGUUGGAUAGAUACAAAUUGGUUUCUGAAGGAACUGAGAUUAUUUAUCUGCCCAGUAUCAAAUUCCUGUACACUAUUAGCUGGGAAACUGUAAAGAGCUCUUGGGUAAGAUACUGUUAAACUUCAGACUAAAGAAGACCCAAUGUGAAAGGAUUCUGUGAAGUGGAGGUGCAUACUCUAGGUAGAUAGCACUUUCUAAUUUGUUUGUAAAUGUUUAAUGAAAAGCUUAUUGUAUUUGACUUCACUUUCUGGAUCCAGUGCUAGAACAGAGGAUUGCAGACAGAUAUCACUGACACAAGAAGAUCGUCUCACUUAAAAAAAGACAGUUUUCAAUUUUAUAUUUUUAAAGAAGACUUUACACUGAGCAAACAUAAAAUGGAACAUUUUUAUAUAAAGAGCAGCUGAUUUAACUAGUCAUUCUCUGUCCACCUAGUGCUAUUAGUUCAUAGAUUGGAUAAGAACAUUCUGCCCCAUGGGUCAGCUUCUCUAUUUGCUUCAUCCUUCAGUAAGGCAAUAAUCCUAGUGUGAUAUCACAAUCUGCUUGUACAGAAGUGAUUCUGACAUCACACAUGCAGCAUGAUGACUUCAUUGCAAGAUCAAAUUGGAAAGAAAAAUGAGGCAAGUCUCUGUUUACCUGUAAUGACUAGCAGAGUGGUGGUGGGGAAACCCAAAAGUUAGAGUUGUUUGAAAUGUCUCCCCUAAACUUGAAGUUUUAUUUAAGUGCUUUCUUUCUAGAAGAUACUGUAUUUCUUGCUGGAUUUAUUUUCUGUAAUUUAAAUUGAGGAGCACAAUGCACUACUUUAAAAAUAAGCUAUUGCAUUUGGGUUUUAGCUUAUUGCAAAACCUUUCCAAUAGUCCUUAUUUCAUAUCGUUUGUAAAUUGGAGUUGAUGUCUGACCAAUAAUGUCAUAGUUUCAUCAACAUAGGCAAUUAAUAUUUGGGCCAGAUUUUCAAAAGAACUCAGCAGCCCAUAGCAGUUUGCUUUUAGGCACCUGAUCCAGUUUCAAUUUUAGGUUCUAAACACUUUUGAAAAUCUGGCUUUUAUAGGGUAGUCUUCUAAAUCACGUAAGCGCUUCUGAAAAUCCUACCUAUAAUCCCGCAGGGCUGGUCUUUUUGAUUACUGCUCUGUUUCUGUCCAGCCACCCCAAGUUCACGAUGGUAUUCUGACAUCUGCUAAUCAGAUGAGCAAAGGACUCUGUGUAAGAACAUUUGAAAAGCAGUCCUCAUGCUUGUGACAGCUGAGGACUGAGUUCCAUAAUGAAGUUGGGGUAAGAAUGUAAAUAGUGAUUCUGAAUCUUCAUCAGCAUGGCACCUUAAUCUCUAUGGUUGUGCUACCCGAGAGGUGCCACUUCGGUGUAAAUACUAGAGGCCACUAGACUUGGAUUAUUCGUUGGAUCUGGUGCUGGGUAGUGUGUUACAAUGCACCUUUCUGGUGAUUUAGCUUAUCAGAGAAACACUGUAAAACGAUGUUAAGGCAUGUGCUAGUGAACUCUGAAAUUGUGAAGACCUUCAGAAGAGGAAAAUCAGUGCUCUUGUGAGGGUAUAUACGCAGUGGAUUUAAGAGCUGUGGGAAAUACAGCAGUGACCUUCAGCUGUUUUAAUUCAGCCUGCUUCAUUUGGUUUUAGAAAUGUUUCUUGUAUGUCUUGUACUUAGAGAAUGGAACUGUGUUAAGUUUUGUGUAAUGUGGGGGUAAGGGUUGGGGUGGGAGAGAGUUGCAUUACAGUUUGAAAGUGACCAGCAAAAUUGCAAUUUAUGUUGAUCUGUCAUGGCGUGCCACUGUGUCUGUCAAUGGGUCCUUAAUUCAGCCUCUGUGUUGAGUAGAAAAAGUUAUGCUUGAUUCAGUUUCCUGUUGACAGAUGUUUAUGUAGAUCUUGUUUGCUAGGCUUCCCACCCAAUUCCAUGAUGUUUCCUUUAAAUCUUCCAUGUAAAUCCAGCCUUUAUAAGCUUCGAGAAAGUGACACUACUGUUCUAAAUGAAUAUUCAUAUGGUGCUGAAUGAAAAUCCAAAAAAAUGUUCUUAGUAGGCUUGUUUCUAAUAUGAUCUUUUCUCUCAAAGUUUUUAAAAUUCCACAAACUACAUAUCUUAAAUUUUGAACGCUACAUAAUUUACAUUAUUUAGGAAUAUACCUCUUAAUUUAUUUGUUUGCACAUAAUUGCACUGUUUUUCACUAAAGAAAUACAUGCUGCAAUGAUAAUGGUGCAUUGAACUUGUAAAUGUUAUCUUCCAAAACUGAGUCACUUAAUUUGUUUGAAAUUUGAACAGUAAUUUUAUAGCUGAAGUCCUUUAGUUUAGUUUACCUUAAUUAACAGAUAAUCUUAUGAGCUGAGCCUUAUUUGAACAUCUGAUUUAACUACAUCAGUGGAUACUUGGUGGAGUCUGGAAUCUACUGACUUUGUGCAGAAUUAAACAUAAAGUAGUUGAUUAGAUUAAGGAAACUCCAAGUUAAGGCACUCACAUUUUUAAUUCCCAAACAUUCAAUCCAUCCACUCCUGGCAAGGGGCACUAUGCCAACAAAAAUCAAAUUAAUGGCAAGGAAAGAGCACCCUUUUAAUAUCAACUUUAAAAUCUAGUCAAUUUAAAACAAAGGAUUGUCAGGUACUACUCCUGAUUCUUCAGAAUACCUUUUAUGCUUUUUACAAUCAUAGUCUCAUUUUCAAUUUUUUUAAAUUACUUUUCUUUCCCUGGUUGUUGGGAAGGGAGAGAGGUUGGAGGAUCCUGCACAACUUUCUAAGGAAACAGUGUAACUGUAUUGUCAAAUGCACAUAAUCAACUGAACAAAAAUCCUCAUGAUCUCUUUCUUGAUAACCUCUUGGAUGUUCCUUGUAACAAUAAUAGGUUUUUAAAAUCCAGAUCAAGUAAGAUUGUUUAAAAGUGUUUACUGUUACCUGUGUUACUUUGUAACCCCUUUAAGUGCAAAUUUAAGAAACCCAGAGGGGGGUCCAUGAAAUUUUAAUAGAUUGAAAAGGGAUCCAUAUGCUCAAAAAGGUUGGGAACCACUGAUAGAGGCAUUAUUGUAUCUUUUGUCAUAUCUAUCCCUUUCCUAAUGACUCCUCAUGUUUGGUGUCAAGUAUCAGAGGGGUAGCCGUGUUAGUCUGAAUCUGCAAAAGCGGUGCCACAGGACUCCUCGCCGC